GAAUAUGCAUAAAAAAUAAAAUGGCCUGAUUCUUUCUUUUCCUGAGCUUUUAAGGUCCUAGUAUUACACUCAAUUCGUUAUUUUCUAAUUUAAUAUGGUAUUUAAUUAUUUAAAACAUAAAUCAAAAAGUGAAAAAUUUACGCGCGAAAUUAAAUUUCCAAAAUGGUCGAAAUAAAACGUGACGUCAUAGGGCAUGUCCUGUCACUGUCAGCAAUAUACCUCAUGCUUGUCAGUUGUCACCUAUCAAGUCACCUGUGGGCUGCGAUUUAAUUUCAUACGAUUUUGAUACAUUCAGGUUGUGUUGGAGAUAAAAAUUGGUUGUAUUCUAGCUUAGUUUUUUUUAAUUUUAAUCCCAAGAAAUACUAAGCGUCAUCAACAGCAAUGACGGACAACGGUUUUGUGAAAGCACAGUCGGAUAAUCUUCCAAAAAUAGAUGCAUUCAUGAUGAGAACAUAUUUUGCGUCAAACCCGGAUUUUACAUCUGCUGAGGUUAAGGGAGUAAAAGCUGCAAGAUCUCAACGAGAAUCAUAUGGCGAUUCAGCUGUAGGAUAUGUACAAAUAAAACGAGAGGGAAACUUAUGUGUAGUAAAAGCUCGCAUCACACCAGAGCACAAUGUUCGUCAGAAGUCAUAUGCAGUUCAAGCUAUAUGUGAUGAAGCUGAAGAAACUGUUAUUUCUGUAGAAUGUCUGGAUUGCGCAGCACACUUAGGAGGAUGUAAACAUGCUGAUGCAUUUUUAGCAUGGCUUCACCGACGUAGUGAAGAUCCGCCAAGUACAAGCAUUGAGUGCUAUUGGAAAAAAUCCAGGCUUUCUUCAAUUGGUACUAGCUUGAAGUUUAUUAAAGCAAAAGAUAUUUGCAAAACACCUAAACAUAAUCCUGCACCAAAUUCCUCGAGCACUGGCAAUUUUCUAUCAGUGGUAAAAAAUAAUUGUGUGACUGUUGGUGAUACAAAUAAUCAUCUGAUGAAAUUUUAUCAAUCUCCAAACAAUGUAGAGAAACUAUCAAUCCACCAUUUAAUUCUUGCAAGCAAGGCUACAAACCCUGUUGAGUUUGUUGAAUAUUGUAAACUGGUGAUGAGUACAGAAGCAUGCGAACAAGCUGAAUUGAUAACUAAAGAUCAAAAUGACUGUCCAUUAUGGCAUGAGCUAAGAUAUGGGAGAAUCACAGCUUCUAAGGCAUAUGAGGCAGCACAUUGCAAAGUUCUGGAUGGUUCCUUAAUGGAGAACAUAUUGGGAGCAAACAAACUAAAGGACACAGAAGCUAUGAAAAGGGGACGAUUUUUAGAAAGUCAGGUAUUGACAGAAGUAGAGAAAAUUAAACAAAUAAAAAUAAAUAAGUGCGGGUUGAAAUUAAAUGCGGCUCAUCCUAUAAUGGGUGCUUCUCCAGAUGGGGAAAGUACUGUGUACAGUAUAGAAAUUAAAUGCCCAUCAUCAGAAAAAGCGAUGAGCCGUUAUAUUGACAGCAAUAGUGAAGUGGCUCCAAAAUAUAUGGCGCAGCUACAACUUCAGAUGCAUUUUUCUAAAAAAACUAAGGGUCUUUUUUGUGUUGCUCAUAACAAUUUUGAAACCUCUAAAAGAGUAACUAUAAUAGAGGUGGAUUAUAGAAAACAACUAUGUGAAACAAUUAUAGAAAAAUGCACACUGUUUUGGCAUCAAGCCAUUUUCCCAAAAAUAUGUACCAUCAAGGAAAUUGAUUCCUAGGCAGUUGACAGACCAACG